AUGCCCCUUCAACGAAAGCAGUUACACAAAGAAGGCCAGCAGGGUAAUGCAGAAUCAAUAAAAUUUGAUUUGGUGCUCUUAAUCCACAGCAUCUACUACGUUGAUUUCGAAGAAGCUUUAGUUCACUGUUUUAAGAAAGAAUUACACGACAAUGGAAUCUUCGUCUGUAUCCUGCCAGGGCAUUAUCUCAUGUACUCGAUUAAUCUAAAGCAGAACUGUCAGUGGCAUGGAAAGCAAAACAAGAGAGGAAUAUACGACACAGCCGAGAAAAUCACCAGCGCUGCGUACGAAAACGGCUGCAAGUAUGAUUUACACACGCAAGAAUAUCCUAUCGCAGUCACUGAAGUAUUUGAUGAGAAAUCAACCGAUGGGAAUCUGCUUCUUGAUUUCUUGACGCGCACUAGCCUACGUGUAGCCGUACCCUCCCCCGAUGGUGAAACGGAAGCGAGGGAACUAAUUAAAAGUCUUUAUAUAUUUUCUUGCAAAAGAGUGACGUCACGGAACACGAUUAGUGACAGGUUUACGCAUACUGGUAAUUUUCGCGAGACGGCAGACAGACAGCUUGUGAAGGAAACCCUGGAAUUGAUUGAAGAUCUUACCACUAUCGAUAAUGGGAGACGUCUCGACCAGCCUAGGUGA